AUGUCUGGUUCUAUUGCAUCCAAUCGUUCCACAUUGAAGGAGUUUCUCGCUUCCAUCGCGACCAUACAAGGCGAUUUGAGCAACAUCACUGCACCUCCUUUCGUUCUUGCAGAACAUUCCACGGUCGAACUACCGCAGUAUUGGGCCGAUCAUCUGUCAUUGUUCGUAGCACAGGCUCUAGAGGCUGACGCGGAGAAAAGAGCCCUAUUAAUUCUAAAGUGGUUCCUAGGGUCAUUGCGAAAUCAGCAGUACGCAGGGCGCAAAGAACAAGAUAGUAAGAAGCCUCUCAACGCAUUUCUCGGAGAGUUAUUCUUGGGCGGCUUCCAUGAUGACGGUAUCGGCGAAACGAAACUGAUAUCGGAACAAGUCAGUCACCACCCGCCAGUGACAGCCUGCUACCUAUGGAACGAUAGGCAGGGUAUCCGGGCAGAAGGAUUCACGCAACAAGAGAUAACGUUCUCGGGGAGUGUUAAUAUUAAACAGAAGGGGUAUGCAAUUCUGCAUAUUGAUCACUACAAGGAGGACUAUCUGAUUCCGGUGCCCAAUGUGAAAGUGAAGGGAAUCAUAAGCGGGACACCGUAUCCCGAGUUGGUCGGAAAUUACUGCAUUGUCUCGCCGACAGCGUUGGUUUCCGAGAUCAAGUUCGAAGGGAAGGGGCUGUUGGGUGGAGGCAGUAAGAACGGCUUCGAGGCUCGUUUAUAUAGAGCAGACGCUUCUUCAGACGACCUAUACACGGCCAAAGGACAGUGGAAUGGGAGCUUCAACAUUCAGAAUGCAAGGACCGUAGAAGAAAUCGACACACUCAACAUUAAUAUGGAAAAGUCAAUACCCAUCACCGUCGCAGACCUAUCAGAUCAAGAUCCGUGGGAGUCACGGAAAGCCUGGGGUGGGGUUAUUGAUGCACUAGGCAGAGGCGACAUGAAGGGUACCACCGAUGCCAAAUCGGACGUGGAAACGGGCCAGCGGCAGAUGCGUCGAGACGAAGAAGCGCGUGGAGAAAAAUGGCAACGAGUUUUUUACCGGAGACAGACCAACGACCCGCUUCUUGAGAAGCUGUCCGCGGCAGGCAAGGACUCCUUCACCGUCGAUCCAGCUGGAGGUAUAUGGAAAGUCGAUAAGGAUGCAAUCGAUACACAGAAACCAUACCAUGGCAAUCUAUUGCCAACCAGGAAGGUCUUCAACAACCAGAGAAUUCAGAGGAAUGAGGCCAAUGGUCCGGGAAGCGGGUAUAAUAGUCCGAAGACUGAGCAGCCGGCACGCAGUGAACGGUUUCAUGGCGAAAGUAACGGAGCAGUUCGAGGUCCAGAUGCGCAGGCCGGAGGAAUGGACAAGAGGAAGCUCGAAGACAUACAGGUGGAGGAAAUGCUGCGAGCUAAGUAUCAGUCGAGUUCCCGUUAG